GGCAAGUGAAGGAUGUAAUUGUCACAGACGAAAAGAAUGAGGACCAUAAUUCGCACAGCAAAACAAAAAACCUGCAAACGCUUUACUUUCCGAACUCGGAAGCUGCUUUGAGUGUCGUUCGGCUAAUCCUUCCGAGUUCGCCUUCAUUCUGAAAAGAGGAAGAAAAGCCAUAAUUUUAGGGGUUUGGUUUGGAGGGAGCUAACUUAGCUAAGUGCUGUGUGGAUUGUGGUUCUACUUGAAGUAUCGCGAAUUUGAUUAAAGAAAACUUAUUUGAUUAUAGGGAGCAUAGAAUGUAUGGUAGAACGGGUCUUGACAGAUUUAAGAAGGCUCAAACUUCGGACCCAUUCUCUGUCUCCUUUAAUUCGACUUCAAAAAUCGCUGCACAACAUGUUUCUAAAGGUGUCUCAAAUCCGUCUGUGACGCAAAACCAGUCUCGUUGUCAAUCCUCUGUGCCACAAAAACCGGUGGGGCUUGAGGCAGGGCCGUUGGUGGGGCAGACUCAGCAUGUAACCCAGAUUGGUGGAGGGCAGUCGAGUUGGCAGCCACCAGAUUGGGCAAUUGAGCCUCGUUCGGGAGUUUAUUUUCUUGAUGUCAUGAAGGAUGGUGAGGUUCUUGAUCGAAUUCAGUUGGAUAGACGGAGGCAAUUGUUUGGGAGGCAAUCUCAUAUGUGUGAUUUCGUGCUUGAUCAUCAGUCUGUUUCGCGCCAACAUGCUGUUGUCAUUCCUCAUAAAAAUGGAAGCAUAUUUGUAAUUGAUUUGGGGUCUGCACAUGGUACAUUUGUGGCAAAUGAGAGAUUAACCAAAGACACCCCUGUUGAACUUGAAGUGGGACAAUCUCUUCGAUUUGCAGCAUCAACGCGAACAUAUAUAUUGAGAAAGAACAAUGCUGCCCUUUUCACACGUCCUCCACUGCCUUCAGAGAUUAAUCUACCACCACCUCCUGAUCCAACCGAUGAAGAAGCUGUUGUCGCUUAUAAUACUCUUUUAAAUCGCUAUGGCCUUACCAAUCCUAAUAGUAAACCUGUCAUCUCAUCGAGCAGAAGGGAUGACGACAAUGGACAGCAGACUGGCAGAGCUGCAAAAAGAAUCAAGAAAGCAAGAGUGGUUUUUAGAGAUCAAGUUGGGGGAGAACUAGUUGAAGUUGUCGGGUUUUCAGAUGGUGCAGAUGUAGAAACAGAGCCUGGUCCAUUAGGCGUAAAAGAAGGAAGUCUUGUCGGAAAAUAUGAAUCACUUAUACAAACAACUAUGAUACCGAAAGGUAAAGAACAUCCGUCUGCAAAAGAAAACAGUGCUUCGCAAAGGGGAGUGACUACUAAACUGCAAGAAGUGUUAAAUAAGGUGAAAACUGCUCCCAAAAGUGGGAUAUAUGAUGAGCUAUAUGGAGAAACAUUCUCUGGGAAAUUGGGUUCAUCCUGGGCUUACUCUUCUGUUGCUUCUGGUGAUAAACUGGAUCCUCCAAAUAAUGAUAACCUACAGAAGCCUAUUGGUGGUUUGAGUGAAAAACUAGGAAAUAACUCUAGCUCGAACAAUGAUGAUGACGAUGAUGACCUAUUUGGCGACUAACUGAAUGUUAUGUUGCAUGGCAAUGGAAACAGAAAUGCUGAAAUGGAGAAUGACAAAAUGAUAUUUUUUUUUACAGGAAUAGGUUAUAGAUAUGGAAUUUUGGAGUUUCAGAAGCUUUUCUAGAAACGGAAACAAAAUCCUAAAAUAUAAGACUCGAUAAAUUUCCGAUCAAUAUGGACCGGAGUAGCUUGAAGCAUUCUGCUAUUUGUCUUCUUCUGUUUGUGCUUUAGAGAACAGCAGCCACUGCCCAUUGGUGAAUUUGUAGAUGGGAAUUUUUGUUGUAAUUCCUCAAAUUGUGUUAGUAACAAAUCAUAUGCCCCAAUAGCAAUAGGGGGGUCUUAAUUCAUUAAUGAGUUGCAAUUGGAGGUGUUCUCCCCCCUUUUUUUUUGGCAAAAUGCAGUAGAUUUUUAUCC